GGAGCUGGGAACUCUGCCAUAUUCCUCUUGUUCUUCCAAGAUCUCAGAGGCACCUGAAGGGCCAGAGGCUGUGCUAGUCUCUACACGAGUCGGGUCUUCACGUAGACCUGUGUGUCCCUAGUCAGGAGACCCUGCCGCCUGAAUGUGCCCCCAGCCCAGAGGUGAUGGUGGGAAACCAGCAGCGCACAGCACCUUGACUUUCCCCCUGACUUUCCAGAAUAGGCUGCAGGACACUUGGGCUUUAGGGGAAGCAGAUUUAGGAGAGAGAGGCAGGCAGACACCCUCUAGGUUUCUCCUCUUUUUUGCAGGUGCUCCCCUCCCAAUCCAGCCUCAGAAUGGCACUACCUCCCAGUCCCCUGGCCACGGAAUAUGUCAAUGACUUCGACUUAAUGAAGUUUGAGGUGAAACAGGAACCCUCCGGAGGGCCAUCUGUCCCCCCCACAGCCUCACUGGGCUCCACACCCUACAGCUCAGUGCCUCCUUCACCCACCUUCAGUGACCCAGGCCUUGGGGGGGCCACUGACGGCCCCAGGCCAGGCCUGGAGGAGCUGUACUGGCUGGCUACCCUGCAGCAGCAGCUGGGGACUGGGGACACUCUGGGGCUGAGUCCCGAGGAGGCCGUGGAGCUGCUGCAGGGUCAGGGCCCAGUACCUGGCCAGGGGCCCCACAGCUACUACCCAGGGAGCCCAGAAGAGACAGAAGCCCAACAUACCCAGCCCGCGGAGCGCUUUUCCGACGCGGCACUGCUGUCGAUGUCUGUGCGGGAGCUAAACCGGCAGCUGCGGGGCUGCGGCCGUGACGAGGCACUGCGGCUGAAGCAGAGGCGCCGCACAUUGAAGAACCGCGGUUACGCGCAGGCCUGUCGCUCCAAGAGGCUGCAGCAGCGGCGCGGGCUGGAGGCCGAGCGCGCCCGCCUGGCCGCGCAGCUGGACGCGCUGCGGGCUGAGGUGGCCCGCCUGGCCAGGGAGCGCGACCUCUACAAGGAGCGCUGCGAGCGGCUGGCGGCGAGCUGCACCGGGGCGGGGGACCACGGCCACUUCUUCCUCUGAGCCCCGGGGGCCGCGACGUGGUGGAAUGAGUGGGUCGGUAGGGGGCGCCACUCCGGAGGCGGGGAACUCUUCCCUAGGUGGUUAAUGAGCACCUUCUGGGGCGACACUCUCCUUUGUGUGACCACACGCAUGACCCUUUAUUUUCUGUACCCUCCAGGCUCCGAGGUUACAUGCUGGUCAUUUUCUGGAAGAGGGGUAACCUUCCUUCACGGAGGUUGUGCACAGAAACCUUCCACCUCUUGUCCUACCCUACAGGACCAGCACAGAGAUCUGCAGGGACCAGUGCUAGGAUCUGUGUGUGUGUGUGUGCGGUGGGGGUGGAUGUUGGCGGGGUAACAGUGACAGGGAGGUGAGGGAGUGGAUUUUAAGCCACACUUUUCAGCCUGUAGUGCAUUAAGUGGUAAUUAGCCAUGAGGUUGUGUCUCCCUUCUGAGCCGUAUACGUUCCCCUUUAUAGGACUACUACUGCAUUUUCAAAAUUUCAAUUUCUAAUAGUAAGACAGACAACUCUAAGAGGCUUUCUUCCUACACAACCCAGUGGCCUCUUGGGCAGAGCAGCAAAGACCCAAGGACCUCUGGGGGUGGCUGGUGAGGUCUGGGACAGAACCCUGGGCAGGUGUCUGGAGAUCUGGGCACUCGUCCCAGCUCUGCGCAGGAUACCUGUCACCUGGAGUCAGUCACUUGCUCUCUGGCUCUCAGUUAUCUCAUCUAACCCCCAUGUGGAGGACUUCUGACACCUUUCCAGUUCUGGCAUCUCCUUAGGGUGGGAGCCCUAGUGGUCUCCCCAAGAAGCCCCUGAGGCAGCCUCACCAAAGGGACUUCCUAUGGGACUCCAGCUUCCUGACCGAAGCCUGGGUGAGGCUGCACACCGGUCUUCGCAGCUCCCUCCAGCAGCUUCAGACCUGCAUCUUUACCCCUGCUGUGACCUGUGUCUCUGAGGGCAGAGGUGAGACUUUCCCCAGGAGACCAAGGAGCUGAGAAGACACAGGUUUUGUGAAUUAAACUUGAAGUCCAGGUGGAACUCUGUUAUUGAAUACUGUCUUGCGCUCUUUGUCUUUGCUCCAGGCCUGUGUGUGCCAGAGGGGGCGGGGAGGCUGGGAAGCCCCACCUGGAGGGAGUGGUGCAUCUCAGUUCUGGGGGCCCAGGGAAAACGGGUGGAGAGGCAGGGAUUGUGGCUAGAUGGAGCCUCCCUCUCUCACCAUCACGGCUUAGGAGCCACAACCGGCCAGGUCAGUCUGUGGCUAUCCUGAGGUCUCCCCGUUGCCAUGGUAACCAGCCCUCUGGCUUAGCAACCUGCAGAGAGUGCGCUAGGUCUCUGGGCAGAGCAGAAGCUUUGAGCUGGGAGUAGCUACCUCACCAGCCACUGCUGUAGGUCCUCUGAGGGACAAAAUAAGCGGGGAGAAGCAGUCAGGUGUGGGGGAAGAGGCGCCCAUAUGUUUCUCUUCCUUUCUGCCCCCUCUCCCCACCCCCUCCCCAGCUGUCUCUUUCCAUCACAGUUCUUGUUCCCUCCUCCCCCUCCUUUAGCCCAGCUCAUCCCUCCUCCACUCAGAAGUCUGCCAUGGGAGUCCUCUCCCCCAUCUUCCCCAGCAUUUAUUUCUCAUUUUGUUCUCUUUCCCACCAGUGGCCACUGGUUAUCUUCUCUGGCUCUUCUCUCUGAGUGACUUACUGCAUCUUUACCCCCCCCCCCACUUUCAUACCCAUCGUUGGAUGGGGAGGCUGUGGCGGGGAGCGUCCCUUCCCUCCCUCUGGGUACCACCUGUGUUCUUGCCUGCUCUCUGGAGCUACAGCCCACACCCACCACUGCUCUUGCACACCUUCCUCAACUGGCUGAGGCCCUGCUAAGCAAACAUGGGCGGAGGCUCGUCGGUCCGUAGGCCAUGUAGAAAUACGCCCAGGUCUCAAGAUGAGGGUCACACAGCUAGGCUUCAAAUAGAAGUUUGGGUGAGAGUGUGGGUACUUUAGCAAAUGGGCCUGGGCCUAAGUUCAGCCUUGACCUUGACCAUGGGUAAGCGUAAAUCAAGCCUCACUUGUUUGGUCAGAAAAAUAGGGGAAAUAAUGGUUACUACUUAGUGAGCAUGAAGACUUUUAAAGCACUUAGCACAAAGCUUCAUAGAUCCUAAACAAUGAUGCUUGAGGGUGUGAAUGUUACUACGAGUACUCAACUGGACUUCCUGAGCCCCGAGGGCUACACUCAUGGAGACUCAGGUACGUGCAGUGCAUGACCACACACAUGUUCUCACACCCAGGAGAACCAGGCUGCCCACACCUUCAGUCCCCCCAACACCCCUUCUCGACCCGCCCUACAGCUGUGUGGGGGUUGGGGUUCUGCCCCUGGGGGACUCAGCUGGGCUUCUCUGGAGAUAGUUGUAAGAGGGUAUCAGCCUACCUCCUUGACAGCUCCUAAUUACCCCCUCCCACUUCCCAUAAUUAGCCCCCAUGGUGCCUGGGCUUCCUGGGGCUUGGGGUGAUGACAGGGACUCUCAGAUCCCGCUGGCACAUAGUUGGGGGGAAACUGCAGAGAUAUCAAGCUGCCUGGGGAGCUCUGGCUCGGAUUUUUGAAAGGUGCUGGUCCUCAUUU